AUGCACACCUCCGAGAAAGAUGCCGCCGCCGGCUGGUCCGACAACAGCCCCACCAUGAGCGACUCCCGCCCCGAGUCCCCUCAAGGUACCAGCAAGACGCAAGCCUUCGACUUGUUCAGCCUGGUGGUCGCCUACAAGAGGAUCGAACUUUAUGUGGAGCCGCUACGGGACGCCUGGGACGUCAUCCGCUACCUGCUCAGAUGGCAGACUCCCAUCCUAUCACUGCUGACGCUUCUCACGGUCAAUGUCCUGCUGCUGACUCUAAAUGAAGUUGCCUGGUUCUCGGUGGGAGCCCUCCUCAUCUCCAUCCCGGCUCUGAUUGGAUAUCUGCAGGAGACGUCACGCAAACAGAUUCCUGAGGCUGAUCUGGCCCGGAGGAAAUAUUACUGUGUGCGCCGAGAGGAUCUGCAGAAAGUCAAACUCACACGGCAGGAGGCUGUGGCAGAGUUUAAGAGUUUCCUAAUCCAGCUGGAAGGUAUACUGAACAUGACGUGUGGCACCUGCGAGCGAGUCUACCAUGUUCUGUACUGGCAGAACCCCUCCGCCUCCUUCCAGUUGUACGGACUAUCGCUGGGCUCGGUGUGCAUUCUCUACCUCCUGCCCCUAUGUUGGGUUUUGGCUAUCUUGAACAGUACCAUGUUCCUCAGGAAUGCCAACUUCUACAGAGGUAAGGGAGUGACAGAGGGAUGA